UCCUGGAUACAAUCACACACACACACACACAAGUACCAGGCACUCCUGCUCAGCUGAGCAAAAUGUCUUUCUCCUAGAAGUGGUGCUCAUCACAGCGUUCAGAUCCUUGACGAUGUUGCCAUGCUUUCCUUUCUGCCUCCUGCCUUUUGCUGGCUUUGCCUGCCUGCUUUUCCUACCCGGGGGUCAUCUCUGCCCUGCUGUCUGUAGCUGUAUGGACUACCACACCAUAGAUUGCCGGGAUCAAGGACUCCCAAGUGUUCCUAAUCCCUUUCCAUUGGAUGUACGGAAACUUCUUAUAGCUGAUAACAACAUUCAGGCGAUACCAGCUGAUUUCUUUAUAUUUUAUGGAGAUCUAGUCUAUUUGGACUUCAGGAAUAACUCCCUCACCUCUUUAGAAGAGGGCACUUUUAGCAGUUCUACCAAACUGGUGUAUUUAGACUUAAGCUACAAUAAUUUAACACAGCUUGAUGCUGGGAUAUUCAAAGCAGCAGAGAAACUGAUAAAGCUGAGCCUUGGAAACAAUAACCUGGUGGAUGUGGAUGAGGCUGCUUUUGAGAACCUGGAACAGCUCCAAGUGUUAGAAUUGAAUGACAAUAACUUACAAAGCCUAAACGUGGCAGCCCUGGAAGCUCUGCCCUCCCUGCGGACUAUACGCUUGGAGGGCAACCCUUGGGUCUGUGACUGUGACUUUGCCAAUCUUUUCAGCUGGAUACAGGACAAUGCAUCCAAGCUCCAGAAAGGUCUCCACGAAAUCCAGUGUUCCCUGCCUGUAGAAAACAGAAGAAUCUUUCUGAAUGAAUUAUCUGAGGUCAGCUUUAGUGAAUGCAAAUUCAGCUUGUCAUUGACUGACCUUUUUAUCAUCAUCUUCUCUGGAGUUGCAGUCUCCAUUGCUGCUAUUCUCUCCAGCUUCUUCCUAGCAACCCUAGUGCACUGCUUCCAAAGAUGUGCUCCCAGCAAGGAUGACGAUGAUGAUGACGACGACAGUGAGGACUGA